AGCGCCUCCUCUCUUCAUCAGGCCGUAUUAGAAACUGCAGCUCUCGUCGUGCGCUCAGUGAGCGACUGCAGCUGGAGAGACAAUAACAGCGACGCGUGCACAGUAUCCUCGUUUGGACUUGCUAUGGACCAGCAGCACGAUUUAUUGAGCUCCUCGCCCAAUAGCCACACAGCUCACUACAACUCUGGCGAUACCAUGGCAACCUCUCUUUCUGGAAUGACCAUCAACGAUCAUCACCAUGGCAACCAGUUCCAUAAGGAGAAUGGAAUUGCGGUGGGGCUCGUGAGACCGGGGGACUGUCCAAUGAAAGUGCGUGGCUUAUAUUUCCCUAGUUUACAGCCUUCACUAGUGCACACUUUCUCCCCGUUUGCUCUUCCUGUAAUGCCACACACAAGGAGGAAACACUGCUCAGAGCAUCUGCCGCCAAUAAAUAGCAGAUACUGCAAUGGCACAGCAGAGAAGGAGUUUUCAGAAGAUCGGGUGGAUGUUGAGCUCAGUAAUGCUGAAGGCACCUCCUCUCCUGAGGAGAAACAGUGUGAAAGCCCCCAGGAUUCAAGACAGGAAGAGAAAGAAGAUCAGUCCCAGCCUGCUGUGGCGAGCGCUGGUGGAAUGGCGUCUGCAGCUUUAGCAGCAGGGUUUUCAUCAGAUGGUUAUGAUCAGCACUCGGACUGGAGUGGUGUAGACCACCAGGGAGUACUAGAGCAGGACGAAGACCUCCUAAGAAGCAGCUGGUCUGGACGGCCGAUCCAUUCCCAUCAUCGACGGACAGCCGUCAGUCCGGACCGCACCAGGAGCCUGUCUCUGGAGAAUGAGCCACCUGUGACUUUCCUGGUCCGCAGCGCCGCCCUGGAAGACCUGACGUCCGUCGGAGAGAGGAUCGCAGAAGCCAGGGCUCCCUACAGCGAAACUCUAAAGGAAGAGGAAGAACUGUCUUUUUACGGCAACGAGAGCCAUGUUCAAGAAGAAAAACUUCCAGCGUGGGCCAGCAGGGCUCUCGCUGAACAUGCACCUUUGGAAACCAAAGAGCAUAGUUUUACAAAAACUGUACCUCAGGAACACAUGGAAUCACUGGGCGAAGCACAGGAGAACGUUGAUGCUACAUUAUCAGGGGUUAAUCACAACGUGAAUGGCGAAGAUGCCAAAAAGACAGAAGCCACUCCUCCCUCUACAAGCACAAUUGGCUCUCCAAAAGGUGUCCACGUCUCCCCGGCAAGAAAAUCCAUGGUGCCGGUGGCUCAGUUCAAAGCUCAAUCCAAGACCAAUGGUGAUGCUGAGAAGAGGACCCCUAAAACCCCCAACAGUAAAGUCAGACCCUCCUCCCAUAAAACACCUUCCUCUAUCCCGAAAAAGACCUUGGCCUCCUCUAGUAGAUCUCCAUCAGUACCUGCCACCAGUUCUGGGCCCAAAGAAUCCAGGGCAAGAGCUCCUAGUAGCAGUAGACCUCAUGCUGCCGGUACAAAGAUUCCUGCCAUGACUGCUGCUGCCAAAAAUGGAAAAGACUCUCCUAAGACCCCAGAGACCAGCGGGCACAGCAGCCCUGGGACUCCCAAAUCCCCUGCCAGCAAGGCUGCGGGUGGCAAGCCUCCAAGCGCAGGAAAUGAAAUCAAGAAGGUCGCAGUGAUUCGCUCGACCCCUAAAUCUCCGAAGAACCGCUCACCCACAUCACUGUCGGCCGCUGCCCCCCUUCCCGAUCUGAAGAACGUACGAUCCAAAGUCGGCUCCACUGACAACUUGAAGCAUCAGCCUGGAGGCGGCCGGGUACAAAUUCUUGAUCAGAAGGUGGAUUUCAGUAAUGUUCAGUCUAAGUGCGGCUCCAAAUCCAACCUCAAGCAUGUACCAGGAGGUGGAAAUGUCAAAAUUCUUGAUCAGAAGGUGGACUUCAGUACUGUCCAGUCAAAGUGUGGCUCCAAAGACAAUUUGAAACAUGUACCGGGAGGUGGCAAUGUUCAAAUUCUCGAUCAGAAGUUGGACUUAACUAACGUGCAGGCUAGAUGUGGUUCCAAAGAUAAUCUCAAACAUGUACCCGGAGGUGGAAAAGUCCAAAUCCUCCACAAAAAGAUUGACCUGAGCAACGUGCAGGCCAAGUGUGGAUCGAAAGACAACAUUCGCCACAAACCAGGUGGAGGAAACAUUGAGAUCAGGUCUGAGAAGCUUGAAUUCAAGGCUCAGUCAAAGGUCGGAUCUAUGGACAACAUUAAACACGUACCUGGAGGAGGCAACAGGAGGAUUGAGUCGCACAAACUGAUGUUCCGCGAGCAGGCCAAAGCGCGAACCGACCAUGGCGCAGAAAUCGUGUCUCUGGAUGAGUCGCCACACGGCCUGAGCACCGUCUCCUCUUCUGGCAGCAUCAACAUGGCAGACCCUCCGCAGCUUUCCACCCUCGCUGACCAGGUGUCUGCAUCGCUGGCCAAGCAGGGCUUGUGAUUGGACCAUACCGCCACCAAACCACGCCCCCCUCCCAUUCUCUUCCACAUACCUGAUGGUAUUCUAACCUCUCUCUGAAAGUCAUUUUGUGGCCCAGAAAACAACGCCAAGUAACUUUUGGCAAUCACUGUUCGAUUUUGUAAUACUUAAGAUUUGUUACAGGCCAACGAAGCUGUUUGAACUGUGAAUCAUGUAUGAAUUUGCCUCGUCCUUUGCGUUAAGGCAGUGUCCACAGUGGGAAUUUAACAAUUGGAAAUUUCCUCCAACUGCCCUCCCUUGACUAUAUUUAGUAGCAAAAAAUGACAUUCAUGUAUUUGUAUGGCUUUUGUUGACCAUUAUAUAUUUCCUUAGGCAUGCCAUUUUUUGGUUACUACUGGAUUUAGGACAGUUCAUACAGAACCCAUUUUCAGAGAGGAUUGUUCUCAUUUUUAAAUCAGGUUAAAUUUAGAUCGAGAUUAUGAAUAAGUCGCUUAGCAGUGCUUAAAAUGAAAAUUAGAGCAUCGUAUCUUGACUUUGAGAAAGAAAGAAACGGUCCGUCUUUGAAAUGAUUUACAAGGCUUAUGUGAAGAAAAA